GAACCGCCCCCCUACCCCCCCACCCCCCUUAUCUCUUUCUCGCUCUAGCAUUUCUGCUCUCUCUCUCUCUCCCCUUUAAUUCUGGGAGGAAGAAAGAAAUUCAGAUCUGAAAUAUUGUGAUCCUUCUUUUUUCUGCUGAAGAUAAUUUUGUGAUUGUUUGAUUGAUUUUGUAAAUUCAUGUCGGCGUCUUCGACUUACUGGUGCUACAGAUGCAACCGAUUCGUGAGGGUUUGGAGCCAAGAUUCGAUUAAUUGCCCCGAUUGCAGCGGCGGUUUUGUGGAAGAAAUCGAUGCCUCCUCCAGAUCCUCUCUGUCGGACUCGCGGCGGCGCCGCUUCCCCGCCGCCGCGAUGUACAUGAUGCGGAACCCGGAUUCGGACCCUACUCCUGGAUCGGGUACGGGUACGGUGCGAGGGUCAAGCCCUAGGCCGAGGAGAAGCCGUAGGAACGGGGGCGAUCGGUCGCCGUUCAAUCCUGUCAUCGUCCUCCGUGGCUCCAACGAAGGAGGCGGCGGAUCUGGCGGCCGGGCGGCCCCCGGCGGUGGAUUCGAACUGUAUUACGAUGAUGGAUCCGGGUCGGGUCUGCGCCCGUUGCCGGCGAGCAUGUCGGAGUUUCUUCUCGGGUCUGGAUUCGACCGGCUGUUGGAUCAAUUGGCCCAAAUUGAGGCGAACGGGAUUGGGCGAAUCGACAACAACCCGCCGGCGUCGAAGGCGGCGAUUGAAUCGAUGCCGACGAUAGAGAUAAUCGAUCAGCACAUCGACGUCGAGGAGUACUGCGCCGUCUGCAAAGAGGCCUUCGAAUUGGGGGCGGAAGCGCGGGAGAUGCCCUGCAAGCAUCUCUACCAUCAGGACUGCAUUCUGCCAUGGCUGACUCUGAGAAACUCCUGCCCCGUCUGCCGCCACGAGCUGCCUACAGACAAUAACGAGAACAGCAACGCCGCCGCCGGAAACGUAGAUGGUAACAGAGGACACAAUGAGAUAGGAAACGACGACGAGACGGUUGGAUUGACGAUAUGGAGAUUACCUGGCGGCGGAUUUGCCGUCGGCAGGUUUUCCGGUGGGAGAAGAGGCGGGGAGAGGGAAUUGCCGGUGGUGUACACCGAAAUGGACGGCGGAUUCAACAACAAUGGCGUCCCGAGGCGGAUUUCGUGGGGUUCGAGAGGGAGUGUGUCGAGGGAGAGGGUUGGAUUGAGGAGAUUCUUGCAGAGAAUGUUUGGGUGCUUUGGUAGAGCUGAAUCGUCGCAUUCGAGCUCGAGUUUAGAUUCUAGAAUGAGCGUCACUAGCCGGGGAAUGGCCUCAGUGUUUAGCUCUGCCUCUAGACGACGUAGAGGUUGGGGUUUUGAAGUUAACGACGAGGGUGAUAGGAGAUGGUGAAGCCCGAGUGGGUUUUAUAUAUGUAUAUAGUCGGGGAUGAUGGAUGAUGGAUGAUUGGUGGUUCUUGGUAUUCGAUUUUGCUGCAGCGCCCUUAAUGGCAAUGGCAAUGGCGGGGAAUGUAGGUAGCGAAAAGUGGGGAUGGGGUAUGGAGGGGUGGGCGGGGAAUGGGUUCCGAAUUGAUAGGUCCUCUAAUGGUAGAACUGGCCCUGCUUCGCGAAGUUUAAUUGCAGCAUGCGAGAUGAGAUCGAUGACUGAGUUACUUUUUGAUACGGAAGGAUUCAUUCGACGGUUCUUGACCCAACAAACAGCCAUUUUGUACCUGUUCUUGGUUGGUUCUCUCCUAAUUAGUGAUGAUCCUACAAAGGGAGAAGGAACCUAAGAUUUAGAGAUGGUGCGUCAGCCUCGAAUAGCAAUGGCAUUGACAUGUAAAAGAUAGUAGCUCUGUCGAAGGCUUUCUCCCUUCAAAGAAGGCCAGAAUAAAAAAGUCUGGUGGUCGUAAGUAGUGUCGUGGUGUGGGGAUUGGACUUGUGACGGUGAGGUCAUAGGUUUAAAUCCGAUGUUUCAGGUUACCUGUCACACAUGAUUCGCUAGUGUAACUUGUUUGUCGGGCCUAGUUUGCAGGGUAUUAGGUGCGGUUGGGGGUUUAUCCGGUGUGCACUUUCGGGUAGCAGCAUCAAAGUUUAACCCCUUUGGUGGUAUUUAUUUAACGGUAUUUGAUUUAAAUGCGCACGAACUGCGAAUAAAUUUUAGAAUUUCAAUU